CUGAACCUUCCAUACCAACACACAAACGCAUUAAGGGCAAAGCCAAACUUCGCAGAGAACUUCAAAACGCAUUAUUGUGAGUUUCAGCUCGCUGACGGGAAUCUCGACGAUUGGGUCAGUAAAUGGUUGGAGCAGCAGAAAUUCUCCCGAGAUGAUCCAAGGGCUAGCAACGAGGAACUGCACCAUCUUCGGUUUAUAAGCAAUCAGCAGAAGAAGCGAAUCCAUGAGUUACUCAGAGAAAAGGCAGUACUCAGAGACCAAGCAAUCAUAUCGCGGCAGCGGACCCUCGACAGUACGGCCGAUGUGCGAGACACCGUGGUGUCCCAAAACCGUUUUCUCAACUCUGAAAUUAUUCGACUAAAUCGACAAUGCUGCGAAAUGCAGGAAGAUAUAUCACGUCUUAGUCGGGAGCUUCGAGAAGCACGAGAGGUGAUAGACCGAUCCCGGAGAGAAUACGUUUUCGCUCUUCAAUCAGCGAUCCGUAUACCAUUGCAAGAUAACAAUGCGCUUGAUGUGAUGCAUGUCAAGCUUCUCGGCGGAGAUAUGCACAAGCACAGAAUAUGCCAGUUGAUGAGCGAAGCUCGAGCCAAUCAGCCCAGUCUACCCACGUUACAAAGCCUCCUCAAUGGCGUCUACGUGGACAUAUUUGGAUUUCGACAUAAAUAUGCUGAUGAGGGACUAGCAAUACACUACAUGGCUAUGCAGCUGCAUGAAUACUACCAAAGUCGAUUGGAUACGUACUUCGAGCACAAGCGGAAGUGGAAGGAGUUUCUGGCAGCGAAUGAAACAAUUCCAAUCACACGUGAAACUCGUGCCCUAGUUCGUGGAGGGAUACCGAGCUCUCUUCGUGCCACUGUCUGGAGAUUCCUAAUACAUCAAAGGGUCGCUGAUAAGAAGGAACUGUAUGGAAGGCACUACUUCAGAAAUCUAUGUAGCCUACAAGGAGGAGAACGUGACAACAUGGUAAGGCAACCAGACAAAUCGGUGACAUCAUACCACCAACAAUACUUUGUCACGGGGUUGCGAACAAUUUUCCCAUCCAGUUUUGCCGGUUUUUGGUUCUGUCUCCGCUGCUGCGGAAAUUUAGCCAUUGUAUUGAGAACUACGUUUUGUCCUGUUAUAUUUCAGUUCUGCGCCAGUCAUCAGAAACAAAUCAAUCUGGAUCUUCUGCGGACAAUGCCUAAUAACGUCCACUUUAUGUCUGCUAACUGCAAAGGGGUGUCUCAACUUCAACAGGUAUUACGUGCUUUUUGUUUACACAACACCUCGCUUGGUUACUGUCAGGGAAUGAAUUUUCUGGCAUCAACUGCAUUGCUAUUCACUGGACCCGAGGACGCAUUCUGGUUCCUCGUCGCUAUGACAGAAAACUUCCACGACAAAAGCUAUUUCGAUGACAAUCUUGCUGGAGCGCAAGCAGAUCAGGAAGUCCUGAAAGAGCUGCUGGAAACACACUUCCCUCUCAUAGCUGCACAUUUGAACUCUUUGGAUAUUGAUCUGGCGACUAUUACACUGAACUGGUUCUUGGCACUAUUCUUCGAUGCUGUUCCAUUUAACGUGAGGAAUUUCUUGUAUAAACGAAUUAAACGGUAA